AUGUCAUGUAAAUACAGGAGUCUAAAGAAUUUACAUUGUUUGAAUUAUCAUGGCCUGGUCGUUUGGUUAGGUUUGUUUUCAGUGGGAGCAAAUGCAGGCUCGUUACGAAUUCCUGUUGAGGGACAGCUUAUAUACGACAGUUCAUCAAAAACUGCAGAUCUCUGUCUGUCGCCGCUCAUGUGUCCACCAUGUGUUUUUGACGCUCUUUGUAAUCAGGGCGGAAUUAAUUCUAUGCAAGGAACAAAUAAUCCACCUUACUCAACCAACGCUUUACCGCUAACCACUGUGUCAACGACCCCAACAUCGUCGAGUACAGAGGCAGCCUCGACAGAGUCGCCCUCAACCACCGAAGCUACCACGCAGAGUGUUCCAACAACGGAGGAGCCGGCCAGUAGUACAACAGCAUCAACCCCCUCGAGCAGCAGUAUCACUGAUCAUACCCCUUCCUCGGCGUCUGAGACAACUCUCCUCACAGAGGCAACAGAAGCAACCGACGGUGGUAAUCUAAGUCCUACAACAUCGGUCACGGUGUCAGCAGCAACGGUAGGCGGAGGAAUCGACGCGGAGGCAGACGUUCUCCAAAAGGGAUUGGAUAAGCACAACUUUUAUCGCAGAAUACACAAAUCACCUGCUCUAAUUUUGAGCUCACAGUUGAACAGCGAUGCCCAGAAGACCGCUGAAAAAAGUGCAGCUCAGGGUAAACUUGUCCACACUGACGACUCGGAGUUGGGUGAUCAAGGAGAGAAUCUUGGCAAGUUGUGUGCCUCAGAUGAAACUCCCGAGGAGAUUAUAACUAAAGUUGUUGAGAGAUGGUAUAACGAGAUUUGUAAGUACGAUUUUAGCAAGCCAGAAUGGUCACCCUCAACUGGACAUUUUACACAGAUUGUUUGGGCCUCGACUUCACAACUCGGCCUCGGAUGGGCCACAAAAGAUGAAGACGGCUUCCUUUGUUAUUAUGUGGCAGGAAGAUACAGCCCUAGUGGAAAUAUUGACAACAAAUUUGAAGAAAACGUCAUGAAAGGAAGUUUCGACCCAUCAUACUGUUCGUCAAAAAGGCGAAAUCUUAAGAGUGUGCGAGAUGUGAUCUGGCCAAAAUGGUAUAACAUAAUUGUGAGAAGUCUCCACCAAUACUAA